AUGUAUUGUCCUGUUCCAAAAGUAGCGACAAAAACUCUUCUCACUGUUAUGCUUUAUAUGCAUGUGCGUGACAUCAGCGAACAUCUCGAAAAUAAUUGGACAAAUGUUGACGUUGCUAGAGCUCGAAUGGAACAAAUGAUCGAUAUUUCUACAUUCAUCGAGGAGCUUCGACAGAAUGCAAUUACAAUCCCGAAAACAGAAGAACCGAAAUCUCUUGCCGCGUUUCUUCGCAUCUAUCUUAAUAUUAUCCGAUUUGGUAGUAUCAAUGGGACGUCCUCUUCUCCACCUCUUAAUCCUUGGAGACUCCGUUUCACAUACGCAUUUCCCUAUCUUCGUCUACAUAAUCUCUCCAAUUUAUCUCAAAUAUUCUCUCCAUCUUUCACUCGAAUCAUUUUCGUUCGUCAUCCAUUUGAACGUCUCGCGUCAGCUUAUAAAGAAAGAAUUGCAACGCUCGCACGGGAUAGAAUCCAGUCAGAACCCGAUUACGAUGCCAUGCGCGAGAUGAUCUGUCGUCGGCGUAAGUUGGGCAGAAAUUUUCGCCAACCAUUAGAAAAAAGGGACGAAUGCAAAGAGACUAUCCCAUCUUUUGAAGAGUUUAUUCGAUAUAUUCUUGUCAACACUAACAAACCUGCUGUAGUUGCUAACAUGGAGUAUCAUUGGCAACCCUACUCACUACUUUGUCAAGUCUGUAAAUUUAAAUAUAACUUUAUUGGCAAAUAUGAAAUGUUCAACGAUCACUUUAUUUAUUUCCUCAAACGUUUCAAUUUAUCUGAUUGGAAUAUUCAAAAGCCAAAUGGUGCAUCAGGUCUCACUAAAUCGGAUUAUCAGAAGUUUUACUUUACCUUGCCAGACGAGCUAAUCUGUCAGCUCAUACGUCUCUAUGAUGAAGAUUUUCGUCUAUUCAACUAUCGAGUAGAUGAUUAUAUUAAUCGAACUACAUUGAUUCAAAAUUGCAAGUGGCUGAGAACCUGA